CUGAACCUAGCUGCACAUAUGCCAGCUGAAAAGCCCUGCUCAUCAGCUGGCCCCAACCUUCUUCCUACAACCCACCUGAAAGGAUACCACGCUUCAAUCAUCCAUCACGCUUCCGCAGUAAGUCAUCCGACCCGACCCGACUUUCCCUCUUCUGGCCGCAACCGCUAA